AUGGAGACGAUAUCGAGAGUGGAGACAGGCAAACCCCACGCUGUCUGCAUACCAUACCCUGCCCAGGGCCACAUCGACCCCAUGCUCAAGCUGGCCAAGCUCCUCCACAAAGCCGGCUUCCACAUCACCUUCGUCAACACUGACUACAACCACCGCCGUCUCCUCAGGUCCCGCGGGCCCCACGCCCUCGACGGCCUCCCCGACUUCAGGUUCACCUCCAUCCCCGACGGCCUACCGCCUUCCGACGCCGAUGCCACUCAGGACAUUCCCUCCCUCUGCGUCUCCACCACCACCACGUGCCUCGAGCCCUUCUGCGACCUACUGGCUGGACUCAACGCCACCGACGGGCCGCCGGUGACGUGCAUCGUCGGAGACGGGGUGAUGAGCUUCACGCUGAAGGCCGCAGAGAGGUUUGGGCUGCCCGAGGUGCUCUUGUGGACCACCAGCGCCUGUGGGCUGCUUGGAUACAUGCAGUACCGCCGCCUUGUGGAGAAAGGGUUUAUCCCGCUCAAAGACAUGAGCCAAGUAACGAAUGGCUAUCUUGAAACAACCCUCGACUGGGUCCCUGGUGUGGAAGGCAUCAAACUGAGAGACAUCCCGUCCUUUAUCCGAACCACAGACCCAGAGGACAUCAUGCUCAACUUCUUUAUCCAAGAAAUUGACGCACUCCCUAGAGCUAAAGCCCUUAUCCUCAACACGUUCGAUGCACUAGAGAAAGACAUCCUAGACACUGUCUCCUCCAUGUACCAGUGUGUGCUCCCAAUAGGGCCCCUCUACCUCAUGGAAGAUAAACAACUCGACUUCAUGAAAUCGAGCCUAUGGAAGGAGGACUCUAACUGUAUCCAAUGGCUCGACACAAAAGAGCCGAAAUCAGUCGUGUACGUCAACUUUGGAAGCAUCACUGUCAUGACGACUCAACAGCUGACGGAAUUUGCGUGGGGCCUUGCGAAUAGCAAAUACCCAUUUCUAUGGAUCGUACGACCCGAUAUUGUGGCAGGCGACUCUGCUAUGCUCCCGCCAGACUUUCUGACCGAGACAAAUGAUAGGGGAAUGAUGGUAAGUUGGUGCCCUCAGGCGCAAGUGCUGAGCCACCCUGCUGUUGGAGGGUUUUUGACGCACAGUGGGUGGAAUUCAACGUUAGAGAGUAUAGUAGGUGGGGUCCCUAUGGUGUGUUGGCCUUUCUUUGCCGAACAACAAACAAACUGUCGGUUUAGCUGCGUGGAGUGGGGAAUCGGGAUGGAGAUUGAUAAUGUAACAAAGGAUGAGGUGGAAGUUUUGGUGAGGGAAAUGAUGGGGAGUGAAAAGGGAAAGAAUAUGAAGGAGAAGGCAUUGGAAUGGAAGAAAAAAGCCGAGGAAGCGACUAGAGUUGGGGGCUCUUCCUACUUGAACUUUGAUAAGUUGCUCAAGAAUGUGCUUUUGGAGUAA